CCCCCGCCACCUUUUUGAAAGUGAAACCAAAACGUAGAUACUGCAGGAUUUCUACGCAAAACACGGUGAUGGCGUCGUAUAUGCUGGCAGUUCUCCUUUUCCAGCAGUUUAUCGCCGUUUUCGGCAGCUUCUCAGUCACUGUGCCCCAACAGCCAAUACUGGCCCCUGUUGGCAGCUCAGUUACUUUGCCUUGCUCAAUAUCCCCUUCAGGUAGUGCUUUGGAUUUUGAAGUUCGCUGGUACCGACCCGACAACUUCACAAAACCAGUGCUGCUCUACCGAGACAAACAGGUCCAAAGUAAUGAUCAGGACUCGCAGUACAGUGGCCGGGUUUCUCUUGUCUUAGGGAGCCUACAGGAGGGUGUUAUGUCCCUACAUCUGAUGAAUGUGACAGUAGAAGACAUGAGCACUUACCAAUGCUAUGUCAGCAGUAAUGUACAUUAUGACAGUGGGACCAUCUCGCUCAUAGUGUCUGAACUGGGUGCCCCUCCAGUGAUGUCAGUGAGCCCAGUAAAUGGCAAUGACUGGAAUGUUAGCUGUGCGUCCGACGGUUGGCACCCAAAACCGGACCUGCGGUGGUCAGACUCUCGGGCAUCCACCCUUCAGCACAACCAUCUGCUGGUUAAAAAGGACAGCCAUGGGAUGGUGUCUGUCCAGAGUUGGAUCCUAGUAUCGCCUCCUUUCUCUGGUUUCCUGUCCUGCACCAUCUCCCUCCAGGGUGGUGAUAGCCGAGAAGGAAGGAUAGCACUGAGAGAUACUAUGCUUCAAUCUGUGGCAGGACACUGGAAACCAGCCUUCAUCGUUACAAUUUUAGUUUUUCUCCUGUCGAUCAUCGCUGCUGUCCUAUGGUUCGUCAAAUAUAGGAAAAGAGAGUCAGCGACUUCGAAAACAAGAGAAGAAAAAACAGAGCCAGAUGGUAUGGAAUCACCAAAAGAAACAGCACCACUUCUUGUACCAGAGGAUAUGAAAUCAGUAGAAGGUGACCUGAUUCCAGAAAACGAUUUGAAGAUAAUGAGAUCAGCAGAAGUGGACGUCAUCCUGGAUGAAGCUACAGCUCAUGGUGUUCUGAAGAUAAUUAAGGAGAAGAUAGUCCGAGAUGACAUAGAAAAACUGAAUGUCGGGGACAGCGCCAUUGACAGUGACCUCAGAUUCUCUCAUCACACUUGUGUCCUUGGAAAGAAAUCCAUAAACUUAGGUAAAUCCUACUGGGAAGUAGAGUUAGGGGGUGGAAAUGUACCCCUGAAAAAAUCAUGGGGUGUGGGCUUGGCCUUGGAAACAGCGAACCGUCAUUCUGACACGCCACUCAUUUCUAGUGAUGGCUUCUUGGUCCUCUCCUUAAGGGAAGGUAGGCUCCACGUCAGUACUGACCCUGCUGUCGAACUUCCUGUGCGACAGAGGCCUCAGAUACUGGGGGUGUUUUUAGAUUAUGAUAAAGGUCACCUGUCCUUCAUUAACGUUACUGAGAAAAAAUAUAUAUUAACCAUUUCAACCAAAUUCAAUGGGGCGGUUUAUCCUCUGUUUGAUCCAGCAACAGGCGACAAGGCUCCUAUGAAGAUCCUAAGCAAAGAAAAAAGUUGUAACAGUAAUUAAAAAGGUGGUAUUCUGUAAAACACGAGAAUGCCCAAAGUACUUUGGAGAUAUGACAGUCCAAAGCUUUUUUUCCACUAAAUGCUAAUGUUGUGACUGCAUAUCUCCCUGAUGGGCCAAGUAAUGCUAAAAUCACAUAUGGUACCAUACAUCACUCUGUUUCCCAAAUAGACAGUAAUCAUGCAAAGUGCAGUUUGUUUUCAUACGUCAAGCAAAAAAGCUGUAAAAUGAACAACUGGAGCAAACAGUUUUUAUAUACAGACACUCCUCUACUUGCGAACGAGAUACGUUCCGAACUCCCAUUCAUAACUUGAAAUGUUCGUAAGUCGUUAUUCAACAUCAUUAUAAGGGUGUACACAAGUACAAAGAACUAGGAUGC